GAGUUUUGGCGGGAAAUUGACCGGCGGCGGUUUGCUGCUCCUGUAUUAUUGUUUAAAUAAUGGUUUGAAGUGGACUUUGAUAUGUAAAAGUGUUGCGAUUUUGUGUAUUAAGUGUCUACGCAUGUGAACUAUUAGUGGAAACAGUGAAACAAGUGCUCUGAUGGUGAUGGAUUCUCAAGAUAAGCUGUUUGUUUGCAUAGGCACCUUUAGAUACCAUCGCCAACUAUCAGCUGUCUGCUGGAUCAAGUUGCCGCCAAAAUCUCCCAAGAACUGCACAAUGUGACGCAUCAACAUAUUGUGAAGCAGUAUACUAUGAAGGAGUGGGGAAAUUACAAUAAACCGAAUAAAAAUACUUAAGACUUGGCCUAAAGGUCUAGAUACCAGGCCAUAAACUCCAAAAAAAAAUACAUACAGUAAUCUAUGGAAAGUGAUCAAUUUUUUAUUUAAUAAUUUAAUGAACUGAAAAAAAUAAUUUCUCUUCUUAUUAGUUUGGGGGUGAAGAUAAACAUGAUCAUGGAACGUGGAUAUUGAACUAAUAAGCUAAGUAAUUAGUACCACAGAUUACAUUUUACUUAGUGCUAUGUGCAUCAUGAAGAACUUCAUUUAUCAAAAUUAAAAUGAGGUGCAUCCUAAAGAGACUUUCAGUUAUUAAUGCGUUAAAUAACGCUAGACGUUUUCAUAAUUCUGGUUAUAAUUUUGAUCUUACAAAUCAUGAUUUAAAUGUGCAACAGAAACAAAAUAAUGCUCUGCAAACAACAUCGGAAGAUUUAUCCGUAAUUACCUCGUAUUUUCCCAAGUCAUUUAAUUUAGCAGCGUAUGUUAAUAGUUCAGAUACAUUGCAGACUUUACUUCACUUAAAUGUAAAUCUUAGCAAAAUUGAGAAGAAACCUUUUGUUGCUGAAAAAAUAUUAAAGUUAAAUUUUGAAGAAGAGGACACUAAAGGGAUUCUUAUGUUUAUUAAGGAUUAUGUAGGUGUAGAGGAUAUUGGUAAUUUUUUAACAAAAAAUCCUUUAAUUUUGUUUGAAACUGUAGAAGACCUGAAGAUAAGAGUGAACUAUUUAGAAUCAAAAAAAUUUAAAAAUGAAUCAAUAAGAAGAAUAAUUACACAAAAUCCAUUUUGGCUUAUGUUCAGCACAAUAAGAAUUGAUAAACGAUUAGGUUAUUAUCAAGAGAAAUUUAAAUUGUGUGGUAGUGAAGUAAGACACUUGGCAACUAAACAACCCAAUUUAAUAACAUACAAUCUCCAUCAUAUUCAAACAAAUUCUUUUGUUAUUAAAGAAGAGAUGGGUUUUAAUGACAAUGAAGUAAAACAGUUAAUUUUAAAAAAACCAAAACUAUGGAUGAUAAGUCAAAAUUCAUUACUUGAAAGAUUUAAUUAUGUCCACAAUAUAAUGAAAAUACCACAUGAAAAAGUAUUACACUACCCAAAUAUAUUACUAUGUAGGAAUUUUAAAGUAAAACAAAGGCAUAUAUUUUUGGAAAAAUUGGGCAGGGCUCAAUAUGAUACCACAAAAGAAAAUUAUGUUCCAUUAUCUGCUUUAGUUGAAGAUACAGAUCAAGAUUUUUGUAAAAGAUAUGCUAAAUGUCUUGUAGAUGACUUUAACACAUUUUUAAAAACUAUGUAAAUUUAAUUGUGUCUAUCCAGCUUUACCCAACAUCAUUUUAUUUUGGAAAGUAUUUAGUGAGUGAUAUAAGAGUGCAUCAAUAAUGCCGGCAACUGUAAAUACUCCUCCAACAAUGGCACAGACAUUAGUAGCAAAGUGGCCGAUAGAUCUGUAACAAAGAUUAAUUAUUAUUUAUGUAACAGUUUAUAACCAAUAAGUAUAUGAAAAUAAUUUAUUUGU